AUGUUUGGGCUUGAUCUUCAAGAGGAAAUUUGCUUUUAUAAAAAGUAUCACAGUAACUCGGUCAAUGUGAUGAUCCAUAUCACCUGUGUUCCUAUGAUUCUUUUUUCAUAUGUUGUGUUGUGCUCAUACUUAGAAUUGCCUUCUGAAUGGCUUACGCCCGUAUUAGGAGAAUCGUCGGCGAUAAAAAAGCUACAACCGUACUUGAACCUUGGUUUAUUGGUUUCGAUAGUCUACUCGAUAUUUUACAUCAUGUUGGACUGGUUUGGGUUCUUGGCCGCCCCGAUCUUGCUUGGGUUCAGCGUGGGUAGUAAGUGGUUGGUCAUGAACAAGUUUGAACAAGACACUUACCAAGUGAUGUGGUUUUUGGUGGUGGUGAAUGUUUUCAGCUGGAUUGCUCAGUUCAUUGGCCACGGGGUUUACGAAGGGAAAAAGCCGGCAUUGCUUGAUAGCUUGGUCCAGGCAUUGUUGUUGGCUCCGUAUUUUGUGCUUUUUGAAAUUGCGUUUGCUUUAGGGUUUCGCAAGGAUUUGGAGAAGGAUUUAAAUAACAAGACUGCAAGAAUCCUUUCCCAAGAAAGAAAGCAGCAACAGAAACUGGAGUAG